GCUUUUCCUCUGCGUACUGUCAGAUUCGACCACACCUUAGGACCUAUUUUCGUACUUUCGUUUCACCGAUAGUACCGCGGUGCUCGCGAGAUCGACCCUUUAACGUCCGCCAGCCACCGCCGUGUUAUUGCUUCACCGGCACGGCAAUCCUCUCAUUCCUCCGUCGUCUCUCCCCCCACAAUUGACCCUAAAGCCAUAGAUUGCGCUUUUCCUUCCGCCACUCUAGACUCUCUCUUCCGGAACAAACUCGUUUCCUGCCAACCUUCAUCAUCACCACCGCAACCCUAACCUUCACAACCCUCCUCCCUUUGAGGGUUCAACUGCCCACACAUCCAGCUCAGUCUCUUCCGUCGCCAGAUCGCUUCUCAGAAGUACGACGCACCCUCAAGCUUUACUUUCGUUGCUGUAUCAGGUUCCUGAACUUUUUUCCCAACAUGGCCAACAAAUCUAAAGAAGAGCCCAAGACUGCUCCUGAGUCAGAUAGGUGGUACAAUCUCAGUCUAGGAGAUUCCUUCAAAAACGAUUCAUCUAACAAAUACUGCACUCUACGAUAUGAAUUUAAACCAGCGUCAGUUGAUAAGACUAAGCCAGGAUUGCUACGCAAGACCAAAGAGAAUAGGGUGUCUGUGGAAUUUCAGAACAACCAAUUAGGAAAACCCAAGGUGACAUUUGAGGGGAAUAGUGAAGAAUACAAGGAAAAUGAUGCUGUAUUGUUCUUUGAUGGUGAAACUCUUCGAUUGGAGCGGCUUCAUAGGGCUGUAAAGCAACUGCGUCACCUACGAAUGCCUGGUGAAUCUACAGCUGCUGCAGCUGUGGCUGCUCCAUCUGGACCAGCUUUGGAUCCUCGGUCGUCCCCUGUUGGAAGGGCGAUAAAACCAGCACCUGUCAGUAGGAGCUCAUUUCAGGCAGUGCCAGUUGAGGUGGAACGCAUUGAUAUUGGUGAACCUGAAAAUACUGGCAUCAAAUCUGGAUCUAAGAGGUCAGCUGAUCAUCUAACUGAGGCACCCACUGUCGCUGCUACCUCACCUGGUGCGAAUAAUGAAGUCGAGGAACAUCGAGAUAUAGAUAUUGAUGACCUUUUUGGCAUUGUAUCACCAGAAGAUGACCAUAAUGUUGAAGAAAAAGAUAAUGUUGGAUUUGACAUGAACAUUCCUCAAACUGAUGAUGAGAUUGCCGACGUGGUCGAUAGUGGUGAUGAGAUGGACAGAGGAACCAAUGCUGCCGAAGCUCUCAGAGCUCAGGUAAAUGCAGAAGGUAAGGAUGAGCAAACAUCUACUUCUAGCAGUAGCAGUGGAAGUGGAAGUAGUGAAAGCGGCAGCGGUAGUGGGAGCAGGAGCAGCAGCAGCAGCAGUGAUAGUGAAGGCAGUGAUGAAGACACUGUUAACUCAAUCUGAAAUUGCAAAAUUGGGGGGGUCUUUCCCUUUCAUCAUUCAUCAUUAUUGUUGCAAGAAUGUAAUAAGCCAUUCUGAUUCUGAAGAUCGGGAAUUUUGUUAAAACUGACACCAGGGUGCUGAGGAUUGUAAAUUUUAAAAUUAAAUCUUUCCUUCUUAAAUCUUAUACUAGUUCUUUUAUAAUUUAACUAGUGUGGAACUUA